UUUGUGAUAAUUUUAAUGCCUUAUACAACAAAUAACACCUGGCAAAAUUUUCUACUUAAGCUGAUCCAUGGAGUGAUUUUUCAUCUUAGCAGUUGUGAUAUUCAACCUGAACAGACCUCAAUUCUCAAAAUGAAACUUUUCGCUGCAGUUUUCGCCCUUUGCAUGGUUGCCUUGGCCUCUUCAGCCGCAUUCCAGGAUAAGACUGAAGAUGACUUCUUCAAGGCCAGUGCUGCUUGCGCAGAAAAACUUAAGAUCCCUGCUUCUCUAUUAGAAAAACUCCAACAAUUCGAAUACCCCGAUGAGGAGCUUGUCCAUGAAGACAUCAAAUGUGUGUUCUCUACUUUGGAAUUGUUCAAUGACAAGACCGGUUACAAUGUUGAACAUGUUGCUGAUUUAUACAAGGACAAGGCUAAUGCUGAAGAAUUGAUUCCAAUUUUGAGCAAUUGCAACAAGAACCCAACAAACGAACCAGCUGCCAAAUGGGCCUACAAGGGAUUCCAGUGCAUCAUGGCUAGCAAGGUCGGUCAAUGGUUCAAGGAUGAUAUUACCAAGCAAGCUGCUGCUAAGGCAUAAGGCUGAAUAAGUGAUUUUUUGACGAAAAAAUAAAGAAACGUGUAAAAAAAUUAGCGGUGUUUGAAAGAAGU